AUGUUUCAAAUAUCGAUGGUGGUGUUGUGGGACACUUGGUGAAAUUUUUCAUUGAUGCAAGUAAAGCGGGUGUUGGUCAACUAGAGAUUGUUGUUCAGGAUGGUUUAUUACCAUGUAAUGCGAUACCAUAUGAAUCGUGUCGUUUCGAAGCAAUAUUUCUACCUAAUAAACCUGGAAAACAUACGAUCGAUAUUAAAUUUAAUGGAUUAUCUGUGCCAGGUAGUCCAUUCACAUGUUAUAUCAAUGAUCUCUCUCGUGUUACUGUAUCCGAUAGUUUGACAAGUGCUCAGGUUGGAGUUCCACUCUCAUUUGACAUUCAUCAUUGGGAUUUGUAUGAUGAUCAAAAUCAAUAUGUUCCAUUGGAUAUCUUAAUAACUGGUGAAUAG